AUGCUCUCCUUCAAAUUCAUACUCCUACUCUUCUUUGGUCUGUUUAUGCAGACUGUCCUGGCCACCUCUUAUGGUCUUGUUUCCGAUGUUGUUACUUCUCGUGACGACGAUACCGCGUCCCAGGCCCCUGGAAAUGGAUUUGUCACUGCUGUUUCUGACUUGAGUGAUGAUACCUCUGACAACGGUCUCGGUGAGAUGACUACUGGUACUUCUACUGUCGACACACUCCCGAACCGCAAGCCUAAGGGCUGCAUUGGCAGCGUAUGCUCCCCUUCGAACAUGUGUCUCUGCAGGAACAAGAGCGGCGUCCGGGUGUAUUGCUACUGUGAGGAACCCGGCAAGAAGUGCAGGUGCGGGCGUGACGCGCUGGCUUCGAGGGAGGUGAUCGAGGCUGAUGCAGAGGCUACUGUCGUUGAUGAGGGUACAAUUACUGAUGUCGGUGUUGAUGGUGCUGAUAUCUCUGAUGCUGACUCCUCUAAUGCUGGCUCCUCUAAUGCUGGCUCCUCUGAUGCUGGCUCCUCUGAUGCGGCCGUCUCUGACAAUGUCCCCUCUUACGACGCUUCUGAAGACAUCGACUCAUCCGACGAAGACACCUCACCCAUCAGCAUCCUCUCGAACAACGGCAAACAGCAAUGCCACGGCAAGUGCACCAAGUGCCUCGGCAACUGCAAGGACAAGUACCAGUGCCUGUGCAAGGGACGCGAUGUCGUCGCCCGUUGUGGAUGCGAGAGACUCGGGGAGAAGUGCCAGUGCAAGGGGCCGUGGCGUGCGGCUCGGGACGUUACCUCAGUCAACAGCACUACAACCGAUGAAGUGGAGAGCGCUACACCUGCCGCGGAUGAAGCUGCAGACGAUGUCGACGAUGCAGCAGCCCCAGUCCCCGGUGUUUCUCUCAUCAGCGACAGCGAGCUCAUGGAGUCCAAACCUACAACCUGCCACGGCGUGAUGUGCUCCAAGGACGGCAAAUGCCACUGCAAGCAUGGGCCCUACAACAUCGUCUGCCCCUGCCACCGACUCGGUGCCCCCUGCUACUGCAAGAACUGGCGCCGCGAUGAUGAUGUUCCUGGCAGUGUCGACGCUCCUGUGGCAGAGACAGUCGAUACCACCCCUGCGACUCCGGUGGCUGAUGACAACACCCCCACCCCCACCCCCGAAGACGAAGAUGCAGAAGCGUCCUCACAACCUGGUUUCUCGCACGCCGUGAACGAUGAAUUCUCCACCCUCCAGCGAACCUGCUACGGCACCUGCAGCCGCAAGCACAAAUGCAACUGCCGCGGCAAGACCUGUCGCUGCCAGAUCCCUGGCGAGAGCUGCAAAUGCGUCUUCCCCUUCCUGCCCCCGCGGGAGCUUGAAUCCAUCCCCACAUUCCCCGGUGACGAGGCGAAGGCCGAGGCGGAGGCGGAGGUAGAUGAUACGGGCAUCGAAGACACCGCUACCUCACCCACUGAGGACUCCACCACCGAACUCAACCCCCAGGACGACAGCCCCCUCAUCCCCGAGGAAGACCCCACCAACACCGAAACCGCAACCUCCCCAGUGGGCAUCGAAACCGAAAACUCUCCGCUCGUCGCGCGUGGCGAGCCAUGCUGGGGCGUCUGCGACAAAUACCGGCACUGCUACUGCGGCCACAUCCGGACCAACUGCAACUGCUCCAAGCGCGGCCACCGGUGCUACUGCGGCUCGGGACCGAACGAUCUGCCGCCGGGGAUGGGGUCGGGGGUGACGUACUGA